AUGCGCAACAUCGAGGUCAAGCUCGUCAUUCCAGUACUAAUUAUCAGGCCUGGCCCAGUUGUAAAGAGUCCCACAUUACUCGAUCUCGACCUUGGUUUAGCGGCACCAGAGCCGAGUGCAACCACAGGCCAAGUCUUGCAACUACACUUAAACGGCAGCGAACCAAAGCCCUUGGUCACGGGACAGGCUAUGCCUGAUGGUAUUGACGUUGAUCGGUCAAUCGGCCGUAUGUUCUGGACAGCUAUGGGCGGCCCUGGUGCGCCUGACGGAGCCGUCUAUUCGGCCAAGACAGACGGCACUGACACCGCCGUGGUGGCUGCUCCAGGCGUUGUCAAUACUCCUAAACAACUCUGCCUCGACACGCAACAUAAACAAGUUUACCUUUGCGACCGGAAGGGAUUACAAGCCAUAGUCAAGAGGGAUCAAGCUGACUGUGAUGUGAUGAGCUGGUGUGUCGGCAUUGCUGUUUUUCCCAGCCGUGGCAAGUUCUAUUGGACACAAAAGGGCCCUUCGAAGGGUGGCAAAGGUCGCAUGUUCUACGCUGACAUCAGUCGACUAGUGGGAGACUCCAGGUCUGACAUUACUUGCAUUUUGGAUAACUUGCCUGAGUCGAUCGAUCUGCAUAUCAAUGAGAAGAACGACAAGUUGUACUGGACGGAUCGAGGAGAGAUCCCUCACGGCAACUCACUCAAUAGCAUCUCUCUUGAUGCAGCCGGCAUUGCAGUCAAGGACUCCACACUAGGACCACGUCCACAAAUUCUGUGCAGGCAAUUUAAAAAAGCUAUCAAACUAGCCCUAAAUUCAGAAAACGACGGAACUUUCAUUACUGAUCAUAAAAAAUUUAAGCAUAUGAUAUAUAAAAAUAAGCAUCAAACCUUUACAGGCAUAGUUCUGGUUUGA